GCGCGGACCCUCUGAUUUGAGCUCAUUUGCAGCAGCUGACUGACCUGCGGCGGUGUCGCCUUGUUAAUGACAAGAUGUCUGUGGACGAAGUGUUUGUGUUCCGGCCCUUCAAGCUCAUCGCUCUGCUGUGCGUCUUCCUGGCGCUGUGCCUGGACGUGGUGGCUCUGCUGAGUCCAGCCUGGGUCACUGCGGACCAUUUCUCCCUGUCCCUGUGGGAGUCCUGCUCCCAGUCCGAGGCACGGGACCCGACGGGGGAGGCUGAGUGGAGCUGCUUCUCCACCCUCACAUCUGACUGGCAGAUUGCCACCCUGGUGUUGCUCGGAGCCGGUGCCGUGGCAACCCUGGUGGCCUUCUUGGUGGCCCUCAUUUCCCUAUGCAGAGGGACACAGAGACGGCACUACCGCACCGUGGCUGUGUUCCUCUUCACUGCAGUGGUUCUUCAGGCCUGCGCUCUGAUCCUCUACCCAAUCAAAUUCAUUGACGGAACGGUUCUGCAGACAUAUCACGAGUUCAACUGGGGCUACGGGCUCGGCUGGGGAGCCACCAUCUUCAUGCUGGGUGGAGGGAUCCUCUUCUGCCUGCGGACGGACAUAUACGAGGAUGCAAUGUACUGAGUCCCACUGCAACUGCCGCCGCUGGAAAUACACACAUAAACACACACACACACUGACAGAUUCUCAUACAGGAGGUGUGCUACAUUUCUCCACUCUGCACACAGGCCAAUGUGCAUGUGAGCACAGACUGCAUCUCUUUCUUCCUCUCGCUGUCUUGCCCUCUCUGUUAUUUUUAGACAGGUUGUGAAGGCCUAAUUUAGGCCGGGGCUGUAUGAAUAGGACCCCUCACCCCCUCCUCCUUCCAGGCAGCCAGCGAGUCCCUCAGCCCUGCCGGUAUUGGGGUGAGGUGGCAAAGCUGAAGCACGGAGAGCUUUCUGGACAGGCACGAGCCGCUGAUGCUGGACGUUUCCACUGUGGUUUGACCUGGAUCUCUAUUGUUAGAGAAACAGAACAGUGGAUUCUCAGCACAGACCUGAGUGUGCAGUGGCUGAACAUUGAAAGGGAUUGAUUUACAGUACUCCCACAUUUCCUUUUUUUUUAUUAUUAUUUUUGUAGCAUUUCACGCGGAAAAGCUUGUUUUUAAUGUAUUUAUGGCAUCAUUUUCCACUUUAUUAAUAUUGAAAACCUGAACUUCUCCCUCCAUGUGUUCUAGCUGAAACAUAUCUAGUAACGCAAAGCCUUCUGGUAUUAGAAGUGUAAAUUAGUCAGCUUUGAUAUACGCUGGAGCUAUCGAGUGUUGAUAAUUUGUUUGGAAACUCACAGCAGUUUGUCUCAAAUGAAGAAUGUAAAUUUGUACAAAGUAUUUCUACAUGAAGGAAAAUCCAGAAUAAACAACUGUAGUUUUUGG